AUGCAGCCACCAAAGGACUACAUUUUCAACCAUAAAGGAUUUAAUUUCCAACCCGACCUGGUUACAGCAGAAUAUAUAGAUUCACUGGAAGACUUUGAAAUCAGAGAUAGUGAUGUAUUCCUAGUCACUUUUCCCAAAUCAGGCACAGUAUGGACUCAGAACAUUUUGAGCCUGAUCUAUCAUGAAGGUCAUAGAGAUGGAACUGAGGACACAGACCUAAUGGACAGAGUCCCUUGGCUGGAGUACAACAUCCGUAGUAUGGAUUACAUCAGUCGCCCAUCCCCUCGACUCUUUGCAGCCCAUCUGCCCUACUAUUUGGUACCUAAGGGGUUAAGAAACAAAAGAGCAAAGGUUAUUUAUGUAGCAAGAAACCCAAAGGAUGUCUUGGUUUCCUAUUACCAUUUUACCAGAAUGGCAGUAAAAUUUGAAACAGCAGAAAACUUUGAUGAUUUCAUGGAAAGGUUUUUAGCUGGUGAAGUUCUAGCUAGUUCAUGGCUAGACCACGUCGAAGGCUGGUAUGCUCACAAGGGUGACUUCAAUAUUCUCUUCCUUACCUAUGAAGAAAUGAAGAAGGACCUGAGAAAUUCUGUAUUGAAAAUAUGCACCUUCCUAGGAAAGAAGCUGACUGAGGACGAGUUGCAGGCUGUUGUGGAUAAGGCUACAUUUGAUAAAAUGAGAGUGGAUCCCAGAGCAAACUAUGAACACAUGCCAGCUGAUAUCCUAGACCAAGACAAAGGACGCUUUCUUCGCAAAGGUACUAUUGGGGACUGGAAAAACAUAAUGACUGUAGCACAGAGUGAAAGGUUUGACAGUGUUUUUAAGGAAAGGUUGCAAAAUCUGCCCCUCAAGUUUUGCUGGGAUAUCAAUGAAGACCUUCCAUCUUGAAAGUUGGAAAAAAUGUUCUGUGUAUACAUAUAAUCCA